AUGCGUCCGGAAGUUGAACAAGAGCUUGCUCACACCUUGUUGGUGGAGCUGCUUGCCUACCAAUUCGCCUCACCCGUCCGAUGGAUCGAGACCCAAGAUGUGAUCCUCGCCGAACAGCGCACCGAGCGCAUUGUCGAAAUUGGUCCCGCAGAUACCCUUGGAGGAAUGGCCCGGCGGACACUAGCCUCCAAGUACGAGGCCUACGAUGCUGCCACUUCAGUCCAGCGCCAGAUUCUCUGCUAUAAUAAGGAUGCCAAGGAGAUCUACUACGAUGUCGACCCCGUGGAGGAAGAGCCCGAGGCUACAGAGCCCGCUCCUUCAGCUACUCCUGCCGCACCAGCUGCCGCUCCUGCGGCUGGAGCUCCUCCCCCACCCCCCAGCGCAGGCCCCGCUGCCUCAGUCGAAGAUAUCCCGGUUACAGCAGUUGAUAUUCUGCGGACACUUGUUGCCCAGAAGCUAAAGAAGAGCCUUGCGGAUGUGCCGUUGUCAAAAGCCAUUAAGGAUCUUGUUGGAGGCAAGUAUAGCAAAUCCACAUUACAAAAUGAAAUCCUAGGUGACCUGGGUAAGGAAUUCGGUUCCACGCCUGAAAAGCCCGAGGACGUCCCCCUCGAUGAGUUGGGUGCUUCAAUGCAAGCCACAUUCAACGGCCAACUUGGCAAGCAGUCUUCUUCCCUCAUCGCCAGAAUGGUCUCCUCCAAAAUGCCCGGUGGCUUCAACAUCACUUCUGUUAGAAAAUACCUCGAGACUCGAUGGGGUUUGGGAUCCGGCCGUCAAGAUGGUGUGCUCCUGCUUGCUCUUACCAUGGAGCCCGCUGCUCGUCUUGGAUCAGAAGUGGAUGCCAAGGCCUAUCUUGACGACGUAACCAACAAGUACGCUGCCAGUGCCGGAGUCAACCUUUCAGCUCCGGUUGCCGGCGGUGACAGUGGUGGCGCUGGAGGUGGCAUGGUCAUGGAUCCUGCAGCCAUUGAUGCCCUGACCAAGGAUCAACGAGCUCUGUUCAAGCAGCAGCUUGAGAUCAUUGCCCGCUAUCUCAAGAUGGACCUCCGUGGUGGCGAGAAGGCCCAUGUGAUUUCUCAAGAGACCCAGAAGGCGCUGCAGGCCCAGCUGGACUUGUGGCAAGCAGAGCACGGUGACUUCUACGCUUCGGGCAUUGAGCCGUCAUUCGAUCAGCUGAAGGCCCGUGUCUACGACUCCUCAUGGAACUGGGCUCGUCAAGAUGCCUUGAGCAUGUAUUACGAUAUCAUCUUUGGUCGCCUGCAGGUGGUCGACCGCGAAAUUGUCAGCCAGUGUAUCCGCAUCAUGAACCGCUCCAACCCCCUCCUUCUCGACUUCAUGCAAUACCACAUCGAUAACUGCCCAACUGAGCGCGGAGAGACCUACCAGCUGGCCAAGGAACUUGGACAGCAGCUCAUUGAGAAUUGUCGCGAAGUGCUAGAGGUGGCUCCCGUUUACAAGGACGUCGCUGUGCCUACCGGCCCCCAAACAACCAUCGAUGCCCGUGGCAACAUUAGCUACAAGGAGACCCCUCGCACCAGUGCUCGUAAGCUUGAGCACUACGUCAAGCACAUGGCCGAGGGAGGCCCAAUCUCCGAGUACAGCAACCGCACUAAGGUUCAGAAUGACCUUAAGAGUGUUUACAAGCUCAUUCGCAAGCAGCAUCGUCUCUCCAAGUCGUCCCAGCUCCAGUUUGAUGCACUGUACAAGGACGUCGUUCACGCUCUUGGAAUGAACGAGAGCCAGAUUAUCCCCCAGGAGAACGGCCACUCCAAGAAGGGCGGCCGUAGUGCUGCCAAACGCAAUACUCCCACCCGCCCUGGCAAAGUGGAGACCAUUCCAUUCCUGCACCUGAAGAAGAAGACCGAACACGGCUGGGACUAUAACAAGAAGCUGACUGGCAUCUAUCUGAAUGUGAUGGAGUCGGCUGCCAAGGACGGUCUUAGCUUCCAGGGCAAGAACGUUCUGAUGACCGGUGCUGGUGCUGGUUCCAUUGGUGCCGAGGUCCUCCAAGGUCUGAUCAGCGGUGGUGCUCAGGUCAUCGUCACUACCAGUCGCUUCUCGCGCGAGGUUACUGAGUACUACCAGGCCAUGUACGCCCGCUACGGUGCUCGUGGCUCCCAGCUUGUGGUCGUGCCUUUCAACCAAGGCAGCAAGCAGGAUGUUGAGGCUUUGGUCGAGUACAUCUACGACACCAAGAAGGGUCUCGGCUGGGACUUGGACUUUGUCGUUCCUUUCGCUGCCAUUCCCGAGAACGGCCGCGAGAUCGACUCUAUCGAUUCUAAGUCCGAGCUAGCUCACCGUAUCAUGUUGACCAACCUGCUCCGUCUUUUGGGCUCGGUCAAGACCCAAAAGCAAGCUCAUGGCUUCGAAACUCGCCCCGCCCAAGUUAUCUUGCCCCUGUCACCCAACCACGGCACCUUCGGUAAUGAUGGCUUGUACUCUGAGUCCAAGCUUGCUUUGGAGACUCUCUUCAACCGUUGGUACUCCGAGAACUGGGGCCACUACCUCACUAUCUGUGGUGCAGUCAUUGGCUGGACCCGUGGUACUGGUCUGAUGAGCGGCAACAACAUGGUCGCUGAAGGCGUUGAGAAGCUGGGCGUCCGUACAUUCUCCCAACAGGAGAUGGCUUUCAACCUUCUCGGACUGAUGUCUCCGGCCAUCGUCAACCUUUGCCAGCUCGACCCUGUCUUUGCUGAUCUUAACGGUGGUCUACAAUUCAUUCCGGACCUUAAGGGUCUGAUGACCAAGCUUCGCACCGACAUCAUGGAGACCAGCGAUGUCCGCCAGGCCGUCAUCAAGGAGACCGCUAUCGAGCACAAGAUUGUUAACGGCGAAGACAGCGGAGUUCUUUAUAAGAAGGUUAUUGCAGAGCCCCGUGCCAACAUCAAGUUUGAAUUCCCUAACCUCCCCGACUGGGAGAAGGAAGUCAAGCCGCUUAAUGAGAAUCUUAAGGGCAUGGUCAACCUGGACAAGGUGGUCGUUGUCACUGGUUUCUCUGAAGUCGGUCCUUGGGGUAACUCCCGUACCCGAUGGGAGAUGGAAUCCAAGGGCAAGUUCUCAUUGGAAGGCUGCGUUGAGAUGGCGUGGAUUAUGGGUCUGAUUAAGCACCACAACGGUCCGCUUAAGGGUCAGGCCUACUCUGGCUGGGUUGAUGCCAAGACCGGUGAACCCGUUGAUGAUAAGGAUGUUAAGCCCAAGUACGAGAAGCACAUCUUGGAGCACACUGGUAUCCGUCUCAUCGAGCCCGAGUUGUUCAAGGGAUACGAUCCUAAGAAGAAGCAGCUCCUUCAAGAAAUUGUCAUUCAGGAGGAUCUUGAACCUUUCGAGGCUUCCAAGGAGACAGCUGAAGAGUUCAAGCGUGAGCAUGGAGACAAGGUUGAGAUCUUCGAGAUCCCCGAGUCUGGAGAGUACACCGUUCGUCUUUGCAAGGGCGCCACUAUGCUUAUCCCCAAGGCGCUACAGUUCGAUCGUCUUGUCGCUGGUCAGGUGCCCACUGGCUGGGACGCCAGCCGCUAUGGUAUCCCCGACGAUAUUAUCUCCCAGGUGGACCCUGUGACCCUCUUUGUUCUGGUCUGCACUGCUGAGGCUAUGCUUUCCGCCGGUGUCACUGACCCUUACGAGUUCUACAAGUAUGUCCACCUGUCUGAGGUUGGUAACUGUAUCGGCUCGGGUAUUGGUGGUACCCACGCUUUGCGCGGUAUGUACAAGGAUCGCUUCCUCGAUAAGCCAUUGCAAAAGGAUAUCUUGCAGGAGUCCUUCAUUAACACUAUGUCUGCCUGGGUCAACAUGCUGCUCUUAUCAUCUACCGGUCCUAUUAAGACUCCCGUUGGUGCUUGCGCCACUGCUGUUGAGUCCGUGGAUAUUGGUUACGAGACUAUUGUCGAGGGCAAGGCUCGUGUUUGCUUCGUUGGUGGUUUCGAUGACUUCCAGGAGGAAGGCUCUUAUGAGUUCGCCAACAUGAAGGCCACUAGCAACGCUGAAGACGAAUUCGCCCACGGUCGCACCCCGCAAGAGAUGUCACGACCCACUACCACCACUCGUGCCGGUUUCAUGGAGUCCCAGGGUUGCGGUAUGCAGCUUAUCAUGACUGCACAGCUUGCUCUUGACAUGGGUGUGCCCAUCCACGGUAUCAUUGCUCUGACCACCACCGCCACUGACAAGAUUGGACGGUCCGUUCCCGCUCCUGGCCAGGGUGUCCUGACCACUGCCCGCGAGAACCCCGGCAAGUUCCCAUCCCCUCUGUUGGACAUUAAGUACCGUCGCCGUCAAUUGGAUCUCCGCAAGAAGCAGAUCAACGAAUGGCAAGAAGCCGAGCUUCUGUACCUCCAGGAGGAGGCUGAGGCCAUGAAGGCUCAGAGCGACGAGACCUUCAACGAAGCCGAGUACAUGCAGGAGCGUGCUCAGCACAUUGAGCGCGAAGCCAUUCGUCAGGAGAAGGAUGCCCAAUACAGUUUGGGUAACAAUUUCUGGAAGCAGGAUUCCCGCAUUGCUCCCCUCCGCGGUGCCAUGGCUACUUGGGGUCUGACAGUCGAUGACAUUGAUGUCGCAUCCUUCCACGGUACCUCGACUGUCGCAAACGACAAGAACGAGUCCGAUGUCAUUUGCCAACAGAUGAAGCACCUUGGACGCUCCAAGGGUAAUGCCGUGAUGGGUAUCUUCCAGAAGUACCUCACUGGUCACCCCAAGGGUGCUGCCGGUGCCUGGAUGUUCAACGGCUGCUUGCAGGUCUUGGAUAGCGGUCUUGUGCCCGGCAACCGCAAUGCCGACAACGUUGACAAGGUCAUGGAGAAGUUCGACUACAUCGUCUACCCCAGCCGUAGCAUCCAGACCGAUGGCGUCAAGGCGUUCUCCGUCACCUCCUUCGGUUUCGGUCAGAAGGGUGCUCAGGUUAUUGGUAUUCACCCCAAGUACCUGUAUGCCACUCUUGACCAGGCUCAGUACGAGACCUAUAAGACCAAGGUCGAGGCUCGCCAGAAGAAGGCCUACCGCUACUUCCACAACGGCCUGAUCAACAACAGCAUCUUCGUUGCCAAGAGCAAGGCUCCUUACGAGGAUGAACAGCAGAGCAAGGUCUUCCUGAACCCCGACUACCGUGUGUCUGUCGACAAGAAGACCUCUGAGCUCAAGUUCUCCACCACUGCCCCCGAAGCCAAACAGUCCGAGAGCACUCGCCAGACCCUUGAGACCCUUGCCAAGGCCAACGCCACCGAGAACUCAAAGAUCGGUGUUGACGUGGAGCACAUUGAUUCCGUCAACAUUGAGAACGAGACCUUCGUCGAGCGCAACUUCACCCAGAGUGAACAAGACUACUGCCGCAAGGCUGCCUCCCCACAGUCCUCGUUCGCAGGCCGAUGGAGUGCCAAGGAAGCUGUCUUCAAGUCACUGGGUGUCAGCAGCAAGGGUGCCGGUGCUGCCCUGAAGGAUAUUGAGAUCGGAGUUGAUGCCAAUGGCGCUCCGGUUGUGAACCUUCACGGUGCCGCCGCCGCCGCCGCCAAGCAGGCGGGUGUCAAGCAGGUCAGCGUCAGCAUCAGCCACAGUGACUCUCAAGCUGUUGCUGUUGCUGUCUCGCAGUUUUAG